AAAAGUAUGAAUCGGCAGUCUUAUGUCAAAAGUGUACUGAAUUUCAUUGUAGUAAUUUGCCGGUGAAGUUAACUUAAUAAUUUAAACUAAUAAUUAAUAGUUUAUAAUGGUUUUUAACGUAGAAGUAAAGGGUUUUGAUGAUUUUGUAUCGUAUACUGAAAAAAUUAAACCCGAUGGACCUGAUGUAUACUUUUACUUCAGCGGUACUAAAAUUGAAGGAAAGAGUUGGUGCCCGGAUUGUAUUGAAGCUGAAGCAGUAAUAACACCCUACCUACAAGAAUUAAAUAAAAAUAUAGUCUUUGUAUAUGUGGAUGUUGGAGAUAUGCCAUAUUGGAAGAAAGCAGAUUGUCCAUUCAGAACUGACACCCGUACAAAGCUCAUGGUGAUUCCGACUCUUAUCAAAUGGAAGGGAGUCCAGAGGUUGGAGGGCAGCCAGUGCAACAAACGAGACCUCCUCCAGAUGAUGUUUGAAGAGGAGGAAUAAACAUCGGCCUCAUAGGGUAAAUGGUUUCUAUAAACUGUAAUCAAAUGCUUUAUAUGUCUUAUUAUUAUAAUCAUAAGGAACAUGUCCUUUGCAUAAUAUAUGUUUUUAAAAAG